GUGUUUGAUCUAAGAAGCAAAUCAUACUUCUAUUCCUAGGAAGAGAACCCUCUUUAAUCAAUGAGAUGCGCUAUUUUUGCAAGCUUGCAAGUUGCCAACUUGUUGUUGCCAGCUUUCUCUUUUUAUUUUAUUUUAUUUAUUCAAAUGGGUUCUACAUAAUUAAUUAGUGGAAGCACUGAUUAUGGAUAAUUUCCACUCAAAUGUUCCUUUUCAACAAGAUGAUGAUAAUGAUCAUCACCAGCUUCUUUAUCCACCAACAAACACCAAUUCUUCUUCUUUUCUAUAUUAUCAAGAAAACAGUACCCAGCUGCAAGAUCGGGUUACAGAUCUUACUCCAUUCCAUUCAUUGGAGGUGGACUCAAACAAUGUUGACUUGAACAACACCAACAAAAUUAACAAGAGACGCAAAAAGUCGCAGAAUUCAUCAUCAGCUGUUUCUCUUCAAGUUGAUGAAAACACUGCUGAUUGCAAGCAGAAGAAAAUAAUACAUAGGGAGAUCGAACGGCAAAGAAGACAAGAAAUGUCUAAUCUUUAUGCUUCUCUUCGGCAACUACUUCCUCUUGAGUAUCUCAAGGGAAAACGUUCCACAUCGGACCACAUUCUUGAGGCUGUGAAUUAUAUAGAACACCUGCAGAAAAAAGUUAGGAAAAUGGAAGAUAAUAGAGAUAAAUUAAAGAAGGCAUUAAGUUCAAGCGAUGUUGAACACCCCAAAAGUGGAUGCUCGUCAUCGGCAGCAAUUAUUAUAAAAGUAAGGCUAUGCUUGGAUGGCAUGGAAAUAUUGACAGAUUGUAGUGUUACGAACGAAGGGUUUUAUAUAUCAAGGGUUCUUGAAGUACUACUUCGUGAAGGUCUUAGUAUUGUGAGCUGCAGCUGCAACAAAGUUAAUGGAAGGUUACUUCACACUAUCCGAACUGAGGUUUGUUCUCCCUCAAGUAUUGAUGCUUAUGAGCUCCAACAAAAAUUGGCAGCUACGGUUAAUUCAAACUGAUAUAAUUAAGCUUCAAGUAACUCUCCGUUGGAUCUUGUUAAUUUAGCGCAGCACUAGGAUAUGGAUUCUUCAUAUAUCGACUGCAGGUUUCCUGAGAGUUUUCUUGAAAUGUGACAUAUUCCACAUAUUUCUUUUAUAACCUUAGCAAUUUCUGUUCAAUGUUUGCCUAAUGAGUAUAAAAGGAAAGUAGCAAAUUGGCUGCUAACUUUUUUUUCAUGGUUGUUUUAGCUGCAACUUCGUUUGUGUUGUGGUUGUGAUGCUGGCAAUAGUAGGCAGGUAUGCAUUUCAGCUAUAUGUUCUUGUUAACACAAACAGGCAGUAAAAGACACAUCAAUUAAACACUGUACAGAGACCAAGACAGAAGAAAACAUUAGCAUCAGCAGUUCCUCUACUGUGUACCUCUGCUCCCAAUUCGAUAGCGUUGCAAUGUCUCACAAAAUAUUCUGUCAAUAAUACAUCUAGCUUAACAGCUUGUUUGGA